AUGCUCUCUCGAACCGCUCGUCCUGCCCUCCAGGCCGGCAGUGCUAUUCUUGCACGAAGGAAUGCACCCGCCAAUGCCGCCAACUUUGCGACACUCCGUGAAAUAGAGGGUCGGUUGAAGUCCAUCAAGAACAUCGAGAAGAUCACCAACACGAUGAAGAUCGUUGCCUCCACCCGUCUCAACAAGGCCCAGAAAGCCAUGAGUGAUUCGCGCAGCUACGGCCAAACCUCGAACGCCGUGUUCGAGAACGCCGAAACCAAACCCCUUGAGAAUAAGAAGACUUUGUAUGUUGUCGCUAGUUCAGAUAAGGGUCUCUGUGGAGGAAUUCACUCUGGCCUGAGCAAGGCUACAAGAAGGAUGGUGCUUGAACAACCUGAUGCCGAUAUUGUUGUCCUCGGAGAAAAGGCCAAGGCGCAACUCAGCAGAACCAAUGAGAAGAAUCUCGUGCUGAGCUUCGCAAAUGUCGGAAAGGAUAUCCCAACGUUCGCCGAUGCUCAAGCCAUUGCGGACCAAAUCGCCCAGCUCCCAACCGAUUAUGCCAGUAUCAAGAUUAUCUACAACAAGUUCAUCAACGCUCAGAGCUACGAGCCUGUUUUUAUCGAAGCUUACUCGGAAGAGGCCAUCACGCAAUCUCCAAACAUAUCUGCCUUCGAAAUCGAUGACGAAGCUCUUGCCAACCUCCGCGAAUAUGCUCUCGCCAACAGUUUGUUCUGGGCUCUGGCCGAAGGUCAUGCCUGUGAAAUCUCCGCUCGUCGCAAUGCUAUGGACAAUGCAUCCAAGAAUGCUGGUGACAUGAUCCAACGAUUCCAGAUCCUGUACAACAGACAGCGUCAAGCCGCCAUUACCGGCGAACUGGUUGAGAUUAUCACCGGUGCCACCGCCAGUGAGGACAUGUAA